AUGAAAGCAGCUCAAAUUCGACAAAAGAGUUUUGCAGAUAAACGCCGUCGCCAGUUAGAGUUUGAGGUUGGAGAUAACGUAUUUUUGAGGAUUGCACCAAUGAAAGGAGUUAUGAGAUUCGAAAAGAAUGGUAAGUUGAGCCCAAGAUAUAUUGGACCGUUUGAGAUUCUUGAUCAGAUUGGACUAGUGGUGUACAGGGUUGCUCUACCACCGACAUUCUCGGGAGUGCAUAACGUGUUUCAUGUGUCUAUGUUGAGAAAGUACAUCCAUGAUCCUACCCACAUUAUAGAUCAUGAACCCCUUCAGAGUCAAGAGGAUAUGACCUACACUGAGGAACCAGUGCGGAUUUUGGACAGGAAAGAGCAAGUGUUACAGACUCGAACUAUUCCUUUGGUUAAAGUAUUGUGGAAUAAUCAUGCUAUCAGCGAAGCAUCUUGGGAAUUCGAGGAAGAGAUGCGAAUUAAGUAUCCUCACCUGUUUGAAGAGAAUUUUUAUAGAUUGUAG